GUGAAGGUACAUCACAAGUCGUUUCGACAUGAAGGCGAUCACAUUGGUAGCGUUGGUGGCUUUCGCAGCUUUGGCUGCUGGAUACGUCGUGGUUCCUGAUGAUAAGAUCAAGUACGCGGACAAGAAUUUCCUGGUCAAGCAGCGUCAACUGCUCGAGUUGUUCCAGCAUGUCCAACAGCAUGAGGUGCACAACGAACAGUGGAAUGUGGCGAAGCAGUACAAGAUCCAGGAUAAUUACGACCACUACAAGAACGCCGAUGCUGUGAAGGAAUUCUUCCAGAUGUAUAGACACGGAAUGCUGCAAAUGGAUGACACUUUCAGCAUUUUCCACGAACAUCACCGCGAGCAGGCUAUUGCGUUGUUCCAUGUGUUCUACUACGCCAACGAUUGGGACACUUUCUACAAAUCGGUUGCCUGGGCCCGUUUCCACGUGAACGAAGGACUGUGGAUAUACGCAACCACCGUAGCACUGCUUCACCGCAAUGAUAUGGCCGGCCUAGAGCUACCCGCUCCGUACGAAAUCUACCCGAACUAUUUCUUCAACAGCGAAGUCAUCCAGAGGGCUACCCAGUACAAAAUGCAGGGUUUCUACGGCACCAAGAAGGUUGAUGACGUCUACUCGGUCGUCAUCCCAGCGAACUACACUGGCUGGUACGUUCACACCAACCCCGAUCAGAAGGUUUCCUACUACACCGAAGAUAUUGGCCUGAACACCUACUACUACUACUUCAACGCUGACUAUCCGUUCUGGAUGGGUGGCAAGGAAUAUGGCCUCUACAAGGACCGUCGUGGGGAACUGUAUCUGUUCAAACACCAGCAAUUGCUUGCCCGCUACUACUUGGAACGCCUGUCCAACGACCUCGGAGCUAUCCCGGAGUUCUCCUGGUACAAGCCGAUCCGCACCGGUUACUAUCCAGACAUGCACUACUACAAUGGACAAAACUUCCCGGCGCGUGACAACUACUACAACAUCUACACCGCGGACAACUACAACCAGAUCGACGAAAUGGUCGACAUCGAGCACCGUAUUCGCGAGGCUAUCGAUCAGGGCUACGUUACCCUCCAGGAUGGUAGUCACAUCGAUCUGACUAGACCGGAAUCUGUUGAGUACCUCGGCAAUUUGAUCCAGGGCAACCCGGAUAGUGUGAACAAUCGUUACUACAAAUACGUUGGCCAUAUUGCUCGUAAUCUCCUGGGCGCAUCCAUGGAUCAUCUCGAUACCCACAAGGUGAUUCCAGGAGUGCUGGAGCACUACGAGACCUCUCUGCGUGACCCAAUGUUCUACCAGAUGUACAAGCGUAUCAUGCACUGGUACUGGGAAUUCAAGAAUCACCUGCAACACUACACCUACGACGAGCUCAACUUCCCAGGCGUCAAGAUUGAAUCCGUGGAUGUGGACAAACUGGUGACCUACUUCGACCGUUUCGAUGCCGACAUUACCAACGCCGUAGAUGUGGAGGUACAAGACGAUACCAACAUCGAGGGCAACAACUUGAGGAAAACCGGAAGAAUCACCCACCACCAGGGCGAGGGCUUCCUGAUCAAGGCUCGCCAGUGGCGUCUGAACCAUAUGCCAUUCAACCUCAAACUGAACGUGUACGCGGAUAAGGCUCAGCGAGCUGUCGUCCGUGUGUAUCUGGGACCGAAGUACAACCAGUACGGCCACGUCUACGGAAUAAACGAGAACCGCAAGAACUUCGUUCUGCUGGACGUCUUCCAGACGGAACUCGCAAACGGCAAGAACACUAUCGUGCGUGACUCGAGCCAAUUCUCGCUGUACGUUCAGGACCGCACCAGCUACUACGACCUGUACAAAUGGGUGAUGGCUGCGACCAACGGCGAGAAGAAGUUCCCACUGGAUAUGACCGAGGCUCACUGUGGCUUCCCGUCCCGUCUGAUGCUGCCGAAGGGUAAGAAGGGCGGUAUGGCCUACCAGCUGUACUUCAUCGUGUCCCCGUAUCACGCACCGAACACACCCCAGCACCAAGGCUACGACUACACGAUCAACUGCGGUGUCGGUACCGGUGCGCGCUAUGUUGACUCGCUGCCAUUCGGAUAUCCGUUCGAUCGUCAGAUCGACGAGAAGUUCUGGUUCACCCCGAACAUGUACUACUACGACACGCUGAUCUACAACAAGAACGAGAAGGAAAUCAACGCCGUGCACUAGAAAAAGGACUCGAAGCUUGUAGUUUGUUUGUUUGUUUGUUUUUUCGCCGCUGAACGUUAUGUGCCACACAGAGAAUAAAUCGAAUAUCUGACUGCCAAUUGUAUCGUGAUUGAAA